AUGGUGCUCGACACGCAUGAGUACCUCUCCUCGCAAGGCUGGUCCGGCCACGGCAAUGGACUUCGCCAUGGAGCUAUAUCCAGACCCAUUAUCAUCGCUCAGAAGAAGAACAACAAGGGACUGGGAAAGGAGCGAGACGACGGCUUUCAGUUCUGGAAUCACGUAUUCGAUGCUGCCGUAAAGACGAUCAACAUCAAGAUAGCCGACUCUGACGACGAGAGCGAUGACAAGUCAAGCAAUGAUACUCCUGCGUUGCCGGCUUUCAACCGUACCAGCACCGGCAUCCUCUCGAACCGGGCUCCCAUCCUUGGCGGCUCUGCCAUCUCCUCCGAGACGUCCUCCGGCUCGAGCACGCCCACCACCACCAAUGCUCCCCUGUCGAUCUUCGCACAGGCCAAGCGCGAGACUGCGAGACGCAAUCUAUACGGGCGAUUCUAUCGUGCCUUCGUCAUAAAAUCCGAGGACGACUUUCCCGCUUCGGAGUUUCAGUCACGCCAGUCGACAGCGCAGCCUUCUACAUCUGAUACCUCUGCCCCUCCCGCCGCCACCUCCGCGCAUACCCCCCUCGCGAUUGCCACCUCCGAGUCUCGGUCGAAAGACAAGAAGGAGAAGAAAAAGCAAAGAAAAGCCGACGCGAGCGUCGCGCUGGACCCCAAGGAGGAGAAGAGGAGACGGAAGGUCGAGAAGCGGGUAAAGAAGGAAGAAAAGAAGCGGAGGGAGAAGGGCAAGGGCAGGGAGGUAGAUGAUGAAGGAGUCGAGGGCGAGGAGUCUUCGGCGGACGCCUCCGACGAGAAGAAGGACAGGAAGUCGCGCAAGCGCAAAGAUCGCUCUGACUCUGACUCGACUGGGGAAGCCAAGCCCGAUACGUCAGGCCUCAAUGAUGCACCGACGUCUGCCGAGCCCCCAAAGAAGAGGCGCAAGAGAGACGAACGUGACGAGGCUACGACGGCAGAUCAGGAAGAUAAAGCGGCGCGCAAGGAGCGCAAGCGCAUGAAGCGGGAGGCGAAGGCGGCAGCUGCUGCGUCGGGCGAGGAGAAGGAGAAGAGGACGAGGGAGAAGGACAAGUCUAGCAGUAGGUAG